AACAGGCUGUAGAAAAUGCGAUUUCGCGGGCUUUGCUGUCGGUAGAAGGGGUAGAUAAGCUCAAAGAUGAGCAGCUAAAUAGUCUGCGACCGUUUUUGCUCGGCAAGGAUGUGAUGGCUCUUCUUCCAACUGGAUUUGGAAAGUCUUUGAUUUAUCAACUUGCACCUAUUGUGGCUGGACACCUUGUUACAUCGCCGGGCUGCCCAGAUCGUCUCAAGACUGCGAACUUUCCAAUUGUCAUAGUUCUGUCCCCUUUGGUCGCACUAAUCAACGACCAAGUUAAAGCAGCCAGACGACUUGGCUUGACGGCUGUCUCUUUGGGUGACGCAAGUGCAGAGGAGUUAAGAGACGUAGUAAGGGGAAAGUUCCAGCUUGUUUUCGGUAAUCCUGAAACUUGGGUUUUGUCGUCAAAAUGGAGGGACAUGCUGAGGUCUGAAGUUUACCAGGACAAUCUCCUUGGGCUCGUGGUGGAUGAGGCACAUAAGACUCCAGCUUGGGGAGAAGCAGUUUCAAGAGGAGGGGCACCAUUCAGAACAUGUUUUGGUAGAGUCUCGGAACUACGAUCACUUUGCAAAUAUGGGACACCUGUCUUGGCACUGACAGCCUCUGCAGAGCUGCCGACAAGGAAGGACAUUGUGCGUCUACUGAGCAUGAACUCUGACACUACUUUCGUGGAAGCUAACCCAGAUAGGCCCAAUAUCAGACUUGGGGUGGUCCGGGUUAAGGGGUCUGAUUUGUCAUGUCUGGAUUGGAUUGUGACAGGGUUGAAGGAGCAACAGACUAGCUUUCCCAAGGUAAUCAUAUAUGUUAGAAGUUUUAAUAAUAUUGGAGCUGUGUUUGGCCACUUUAAACGUGCACUUGGUGAUGCAGCUUAUGUUGGUAAAAAACAUUCAACAAAUCGUCUUUUCGCUGUCUACUGUGGUGAGACCCUGAGUGACAAGAAAGAACAUGUAAUGCAAACAUUUGUCAGCUGUCCAGAUUCUACUGCUCGAGUUGUUAUUGCAACAACAGCCCUAAGUAUGGGAGUAAACUUCCCUGAUGUGAAGUAUGUUGUUAUAUAUGGCCCCCCUGAAAGUAUGGAAGAUAUUAUGCAAGAAGUGGGGAGGGCAGGUAGGAGUGGCGAACAGUCCCAUGCUGUAAUCUAUUCCUUUUCUUUGUCUCAGUGUAGUAAGGCUGUUUCACAAUAUGUUCGAUCUGACAAGUGCCUCCGCAUCAUGUUAUAUGAUAGAUUUCAGGCAAAACCAACCACCAAAUCCAUUGAUCCUGGACACUUGUGUUGUUCCAACUGUCACAAAACAUGUAAGUGUGAUUCCUCAAAGUGUAAAGAGCCACUACCAAGUACUGAAUGUAAGGUAGAAGCAGAGGAAACAGAGCCAUCCCUGAAAAGAAGUGUCAGUGACCAUCAAAGGGACAUUCUCAGAGAGGCCCUGUAUGAGUACCGUGAUUCUCUAGUUCACAGUAACUCUAAACUGCUCAUUUCCUUUGACCUCACUACUGGAUUUUCACAUGAUCUUAUCAAACAUGUGCUUGACAAGUGCGAAUACAUAUUCACACCAGCUUAUGUGGAGUCACACCUUCCUGUGUUCGGUGGAGACCAAGCCCAAGUCAUUGUAGACAUAGUCCGUAAAGUUUUCGAUGAACAGUUGGAUAUAGAUAGCAUGUUGGAAUUUGUUCAAAAGGAGUUUGCAGCUAAUCCACUUAUCUUCUCAAACCAGGACCAGUUACUUGCUACUUUCACGUCCAGUAGUGAUAGCAGUGGUGAUGAUGUCAGUAGUGAUGAUAUUGAGAGUUCUGAAAGUGACCAGUAUGAUGUGGAUACAUGUACAUACAGUAGUGAUGACAGUGAUGAAUAGGAAGAUUUGCUGGACAUACUAAGCUGGACACAAAUUGUCUUAAGUUGUUCAGACAGAAUUUUCAAAGUGUUGUCCGAAUUGUGUACAUAACACAAGUUGUAGAGCCUUGAAUACACAUGCCAUGUCAAAGGUGGGAAGAAAUAAUCUUCUUUGUUUGUUUUUUUGGUGAAUUUGCAUCUGAAUAAUAAACUUCACAAGACAAGAUUGAA